CAAAAGUGUUGCUCUGAGACAGUCAAUCGCAAAUACCGUCACGUCCAGAUUCGAGUUUUGUACCGCACAGGCAAAGAUGGACGACAAAGCCGAUCCUGCACUACAGUUCUUCCCCGAAGGAGAGGUAGACCUGUAUGGAGCUUUGCAGGUGGACAAAGAAGCGGGACAGGACGAGAUUAAGAAGGCGUAUCGGAAGAUGGCGCUUCGCUAUCAUCCCGACAAGGUCCUCUCCAGCAGCUCCACAUCCUCCAUCGAUCCACACCAGAAGUUCCAGCAGAUCGGAUUUGCCUACAGCGUCCUCUCCGAUGAAGCUCGACGCAAGCGGUAUGACGCUACAGGCAGGACCAACGAGUCUAUGUUUGAGCAGGACGGCUUCAGCUGGGAUGACUACUUCAAGGAGAUGUGGCAGGGUAGUGUCAGUGGAGAAAAGCUGGACGAGUUCAAGAAGAAGUACCAGCACUCGGAAGAGGAGAGGGACGACCUUUUGGAAGCGUACGAGACAGCCGAAGGCGACCUAGCCACAAUCUUCACCCUCGUGCCCUGCUCAGAGAUCCUCGAAGACGAAGAACGCUUCAUCUCCCUCAUCAAUGCCGCCAUCAAGUCUGGCGAGCUCGAAGCGCUGCCAAAGUGGAAGAAGACGACGGGCGAUGAGAAGGGCAGAAAGAAGAUGAGGGCAGGAGCUCGUAAAGAGGCGAAUGAGGCCGAGGAGUACGCCAAGGAGCUGGGCGUAUGGGAUGAUCUGUAUGGCAAGGGACGUAAAGGUGGGGCUAGUGGCGACAAGGGGGAAGCCAAGAAGCCGAAGAAGGCAGUGGGCAAGGACGAAGAGGUGGAAGUCGUUGGGGACGUCUCGAGUGACGAGGAAGAGGGAGGCGACGAAGAGGACGAGGAAGAAGAGGACGAGCCCAUUCAGGCCAAGAAGCGAAACAAGCAGCCCACUGCUGCUUCGUCUUCGAACAAGAAGCCGAAGGCCGCAUCUAAAGCAAAAGCUGGGGCGAGCUCCAAGUCCAAGGCAGGGUCGAGCAGCUCAGCAUCAAAGCCCAAGAAGCCCUCAUCAAAGAAGGCUAAAGGAGGCGAAGCGACCGAGGAAGAAGAUGGCGAUAUGGAUGGUCUCCGUGCGCUGAUGGCCAAACGAGGCGAGGAGCGCAACCGAGGUUUCAACAGCAUGAUUGCCCGCAUGGAAGCCCAAGCUCAAGCAGAAGCCUCUGCUAAAGGUGGUGGAAAGAAGAAAAAGGGAGGUGGAAUGCCCAUGUUUGAUGAGCCUCGGAGGGAGGCAGACGAGCCGGAUGAAGAAGCAUUCCUCAAGGCGAGGGCAAAGGUGGAUGCUAGAAAGAGGAGUAAGGAGGAGAAAGCAGCAAAGGGUCAGGGCAGCAAUGGCGAGGGUGCAAGCAAGAAGACGAAGAAGACGUGAUGACGAGACUGCAACACGACUUUGUUUCACGUUCAGCGCUCCUGUGCAGCACGACCAUCACUGCUUUUGUAAAAUCGACAUGCAUACAGAAUUCGUCAGACGAGGUACAUUCGUAAGGUACAUGAGCACACGGGUACUAGGGUCAUCAGCCCGAGAGAGAGGCUACAUACAGUCGUCCAAAAGGGGGAAAGCCAUUAUUUGCGGCGAGCUUACGCAUCCAAGUAGGAGUAAAAAGCACUCAGCGACCACCAGGGAAUGGCAUUGGGAAGCCUCCCUGACCUUUCUCGCCCUGUCCCC